CGAGAACUUUGCGAUUGCGCAGAUUUUAAAAAUAAUUUCUUAAACGUAUUUUUAUAGAUAUAUGUAUGUUUGAUAAAUUUAUAGAUUUUUUUAAUUACUAUAAGAAGUUAACUAAGUAUAAAUAAAUUCAUAUAUAAUUCUCUUGAGCGGAAAAAAAGUAGAAGAACAAGUAUAGAUAAAAAGAAAAAAUAGCAAAAAAGAAAACUGAUUAAAAAUUAAGAAUUAAUCAUUUAAUUUAUUUUUAUCCUUCCACUUUAUUUUGUUUUUUUAGUUGUUUUUUUGGACAAUUAUUAUAAUGACAAUUAUAAUGUGUUUUAAUCUUUAAUGUAAAAGAUAUAGAUAUUAUAUAUUUAUCUUUAUGAUAUAUUUUUUUUAAAAUAAUAACUUCAUAAAAAUAAUUUUUUUUUUUAAAUAUUUUUUCAAAUAUUUAUAUAAAUUGCUUAUGUAAAUAAUAAUUACACGUAAAAUGUAUUUCACAUAUGUUUAGAAAAUAUUCUAUAACAGAAUAUUUAUUCUUCCUUAUUUGUAUUUUAUAUUGAAAUUUAAUUUUAAUUCCAACUAUUAAUUAAAUGAUAAUGAUUCCAACGUUUUGUAACUCUAAGCCGAAUCGGUAAUAUUGAGAAUGAUACUAAAGUGAUAAUAAGAUUCUAAAGAUUUUGAAUUUGGAGUGACUUACAGUUAUAGUUACAAAUGACAAAGAAUGAUUAGUCAUGGAGGAAUAUUUAACUUUGAUUCUUAAAGAAAAUCGCUUAAAAGUGAACAAAGAAAAACUUGCAAGUAAGAGUUGCUAUUUUGCAUCUCUUUUUUCUCAUAAUUUUAAUGAUUCUCAUAACAAGGAACAUGUUAUUAAUUAUGACAUUGCUUUAUACACUUUACAGAAUUUUGUCGAAUGGAUCCAUAAUGAGGAACGUGUAAAUAUUUAUUAUCAUUCCAUAAAAGUGUCUAUGACAAAGUUUUUCCAAAAUAAUUUUAUAGAAUUAUUGAAUUUAUUACAGUUGAGUGUAUUAUUUAUCGUUGAUGAAUUAAUAAAUGAUAUUAUAGAAAUUAUAGUUUUAUGUUGGUUAUUACCAGACAAAGUAAUUGAUAUAUGGUUGUUAGCACAAGAAUUGAACAUAAAACCAUUACGAGACAUUUGUCUAUCUGUUUGUUUAGACCGUUUCAAGGAGCUUCCUUUAUCUAUGCUUAUUGAAUUAACUACAGAUAAUAUUAAUCAAUUAAUACAAAAUAUUAAUGUGAGAUCUAGUAAAAAUUAUUUAUAUUUUGUAAGGAAUAAGUGGAUGAAACAUCAUAUGAUAUCAGAUACCAUAGAUAUUAAAGAAGAAAGGGAAUAUAAAUUUAUAAAGGGUACAGUUGUUUGUGAAAGAGAUGACAGCAAUGAUAACAAAAUUGCAAAUUUGUAUAUUUGGGAUAAUAAUAUUUUAUGUAAAUCUAUACAAUUAAAAAGUAUUCAAUAUCCAGAAAAAUGGAUAAAUGGAAUGCAAGUUACUGGUAGAGGUUUCAGUGUAUAUACAAUUGGUGGAGAAGUAGGUUUAGAAGGUGGACAAUUUAACGAAAUUAUUUCACGUUAUUGCCUUUUAUCUAAAAAAUGGUAUUAUCAAGCAGAAUUGCCAAAUCCAAGAAGACACAUGAUUGCUGUAUUUAUAAGCAACAAAUUAAUUAUAGUAGGUGGUGUGGGAAAGCACAGGGUGAAGUUACGUUCAGUUGAUAUUCUUGAUAUUCACACAGGUGAAUGGAAAGAAGGCGCAUAUGUCCCUGAAUGUUUUACAGAGGUUCCUCCUCAUUGUGUUCUAAAUGGAAGAUUAUUUUUUUUAAAAUCGACACUUUAUAUUUAUUAUCCUGAAAAUAAUUAUUGGCGUAUUGUUAAGGGUUUGUACAAUAAUCCUAAUUUGCAAAGAGUAAAUGCACUUCUUACAUAUGAUUCAACGUUAUUUUUGAUCGAUAUGGCGAUUCUUCUAAGAAUCGAUAUUACGAGAAGAAAUUCUGUUUGUAAAAGAGAAGAAUGUUUAAAAGGACGCGUUGAUCAUACUUUAUUAAGUUUUGUCGCAUAUAAAGAUCGUUGGUGCGAGUUAAGAUAUGUAGAGAUUAAUCUAACUGGUAUAAUGAUAUUAAAUGUUUCUGAAGACAAUAAUCAAUUUUUGCACACAGAGAUAAAAAUGGGCCUUGAAGAUUCUAUUUCUCCCAUGAUGAAUUGUUUUAAUAUUAUAGAUCCCCAUACUUUAUACGACACUGUUUAAUAAGAAUUUUUUGUACUUGAAUAUGAUGUUAAAUAUUUUAUGAAAUUAUAGUAUAGUAAUGAUAAAAGGAAAAUAAAAAAAAUCAAAUCAAA